GCAAGAUGGCGGCGGCAAUAGGGGUCCGCGGCCGGUUCGAGCUGCCGCCUCGCUCUGGCCCAGGGUGGCUUCUCAGCCUUUCCGCUUUGCUAAGCGUGGUGGCUCGAGGGGCCUUGGCCACCACGCACUGGGUCGUCACGGAGGACGGGAAGAUCCAGCAGCAGGUGGAUUCACCAAUGAACUUGAAGCAUCCCCAUGACUUAGUCAUAUUAAUGAGACAAGAAAAUACAGUUAACUACCUCAAAGAAUUAGAGAAGCAAUUAGUUGCUCAAAAAAUUCACAUAGAGGAGAAUGAGGACAGAGACACAGGACUAGAACAGAGACACAAUAAAGAAGACCCUGACUGCAUCAAGGCUAAAGUGCCCUUGGGAGACCUGGAUCUGUACGAUGGCACAUAUAUAACUCUGGAGAGCAAGGACAUCAGCCCUGAGGAUUUCAUAGACACAGAAUCUCCUGUCCCUCCGGAUCCGGAACAACCCGAUUGCACUAAAAUUCUCGAACUUCCAUAUAGUAUACAUGCUUUUCAGCACUUACGAGGUGUGCAAGAAAGAAUUAAUCUAUCUGCCCCUCUUUUACCUAAAGAAGAUCCAAUCUUCACAUAUUUAUCUAAACGCUUAGGAAGGAGUAUCGACGACAUAGGUCACCUCAUUCAUGAAGGCCUGCAGAAGAACUCUUCCUCAUGGGUGCUGUAUAACCUGGCUUCAUUUUACUGGAGAAUAAAAAAUGAACCAUAUCAGGUAGUGGAAUGUGCCAUGCGAGCACUUCACUUCUCUUCCAGGCACAAUAAAGACAUUGCUCUGGUCAAUCUGGCCAAUGUUCUGCACAGAGCACAUUUCUCUGCUGAUGCUGCUGUCGUGGUCCAUGCAGCUCUGGAUGACAGUGACUUCUUCACCAGCUACUAUACACUGGGGAAUAUAUACGCAAUGCUCGGGGAAUAUAACCACUCAGUACUCUGUUAUGACCAUGCUCUGCAAGCCAAACCUGGGUUUGAGCAAGCGAUAAAGAGGAAGCAUGCUGUCCUCUGUCAGCAAAAGCUGGAGCAGAAGCUAGAGGCUCAGCAUAGGUCCCUCCAGAGAACACUGAAUGAAUUGAAAGAGUACCAGAAGCAGCAUGACCACUACCUGCGGCAACAGGAGAUCCUAGAGAAACACAAGCUGAUUCAGGAGGAGCAGAUCUUGCGCAACAUCAUCCAUGAGACUCAGAUGGCAAAAGAGGCACAGUUAGGAAAUCAUCAGAUAUGCCGUCUGGUCAACCAGCAGCAUAGUUUGCAUUGCCAGUGGGACCAACCUGUGCGCUACCAUCGAGGAGAUAUCUUUGAGAAUGUGGACUAUGUUCAGUUUGGUGAUGACUCAUCAACCUCCAGUAUGAUGUCUGUGAACUUUGAUGUCCCUACAAAUCAGAGUGAUGUCAGUGAGUCUACCAAGUCUUCCCCUGUAGCCCAUUCUGUCCUCUGGGUAUGGGGCCGUGACUCUGAUGCAUACAGGGAUAAACAACAUAUUCUUUGGCCUAAAAGAGCAGAUUGUAGAGACAGCUAUCCCAGAGUCCCCCUUGGUGGAGAAUUGCCAACAUACUUUCUGCCUCCAGAAAACAAAGGACUCAGGAUCCACGAACUGACCAGUGCUGAUUAUUCUUCAGAAGAAGAGGCCAAAACCCCUGACUGUUCCAUAACUGAUUCCAGAAAAAGCCACACUCUGUCCUACUUAGUCAAAGAAUUAGAGGUCCGCAUGGAUCUGAAAGCCAAAAUACCCGAUGACCAUGCCCGCAAAAUUUUGCUUUCCCGUAUUAAAAACUAUACUGUCCCAGAAGAAGAAAUUGGGUCCUUUUUAUUUCAUGCUAUUAACAAGCCAAAUGCUCCGAUCUGGCUCAUUCUGAAUGAAGCAGGAUUGUACUGGAGAGCUGUGGGAAACAGCACUUUCGCUUUCGCUUGCCUUCAGAGGGCUUUGAAUUUAGCUCCGCUUCAGUACCAGGACAUUCCUCUUGUCAACCUGGCCAACCUUUUGAUUCAUUACGGUCUUCAUCUUGAUGCUACUAAGCUGCUCCUGCAAGCACUGGUUGUCAACAGCUCCGAGCCCCUGACCUUUUUGAGCCUGGGAAAUGCUUACCUUGCUCUGAAGAAUGUCAGUGGGGCACUUGAAGCCUUCAGGCGGGCCUUGAAGUUAACUACCAAAUGCCCAGAGUGUGAGAGCAGCUUGAAGCUGAUCCGCUGCAUGCAGUUUUACCCUUUUCUGUACAACAUCACCUCUUCUGUCUGUAGUGGUCAUUGUCAUGAGAAAGCCCUGGACAACAGCCAUGACAAACAGAAAUAUUUUGGCAACCCACAGUCACUGGAUGCUGCUGAAGAAGAGCCCUCUAAGCAAGGAGCAGAGGAGGACCCUGUGCUUUCUGUUGAGAACUCAGGGAGGGGCUCAGAUGCCCUUAGACUUGAAAGCACUGUGGUUGAGGAGAGCAAUGGUUCUGACGAGGUGGAGAAGUCAGAUGAAACAAAGAUGUCAGAAGAGAUACUGGCUUUGGUGGAUGAGUUUCAGCAGGCCUGGCCCCUAGAAGGCCUUGGGGGAACACUGGAAAUGAAGGGUCGGCGUCUGGACCUGCAGGGCAUACGGGUACUGAAGAAAGGCCCCCAGGAUGGAGUAGCCAAGAGCUCUUGUUAUGGUGACUGCAGAAGUGAAGAUGAUGAAGCAACAGAAUGGAUCACAUUCCAGGUCAAACGUGUAAAGAAACCCAAAGGGGAUCAUAAAAAACCUCCUGGGAAAAAAGUAGAGUCCAAUCAGGUGGAAAGUGGACAGCGUUACCAAGCAAACUUAGAGAUCACUGGCCCGAAGGUGGCAUCUCCGGGACCCCAAGGAAAAAAGCGUGACUACCAGAGUUUGGGAUGGCCCAGUCCAGAUGAAUGCCUCAAACUUCGCUGGGUAGAGCUAACUGCCAUUGUGAGCACCUGGCUGGCAGUUUCUUCAAAAAACAUUGACAUCACAGAGCACAUAGACUUUGCCACACCUAUACAGCAGCCAGCAAUGGAACCGCUGUGCAAUGGCAAUCUCCCCACGAGCAUGCAUACCCUCGACCACUUACAUGGAGUGUCCAACAGAGCCAGCCUGCACUACACGGGUGAGAGCCAGCUAACAGAGGUACUGCAGAAUCUCGGCAAAGACCAGUAUCCACAGCAGUCACUUGAACAGAUCGGCACCCGAAUCGCCAAGGUGUUGGAAAAAAAUCAGACAUCGUGGGUCCUUUCCAGCAUGGCAGCCCUCUACUGGAGAGUGAAAGGCCAGGGGAAGAAAGCCAUCGACUGCCUGCGCCAGGCCCUACACUACGCCCCCCACCAGAUGAAGGAUGUGCCCCUCAUCAGCCUGGCCAACAUCCUGCACAACGCCAAGCUCUGGAAUGAUGCUGUCAUCGUGGCCACCAUGGCUGUGGAGAUCGCACCACACUUCGCUGUGAACCACUUCACUCUGGGCAAUGUCUACGUGGCAAUGGAGGAGUUUGAGAAGGCCCUGGUGUGGUAUGAGUCGACACUGAAGCUACAGCCAGAGUUCGUGCCUGCCAAGAACCGGAUCCAGACCAUCCAGUGCCACCUGAUGCUGAAGAAGGGCCGGCGCUCCCCCUAGGGCAUGCCUCCCUUCCCCAGCUCUCCCAGCCACAGUCAGAGCAGAGCCCCAUUGCCGGUACCCACGUGAAUGGUGUGUGUGAAUAACAGGACUUGGCCUGCAGAGCUGGCUUUGCUUGGUUCUUAAGUUCCUCCUCCCCUCAGAAGAGGCAUCUUCAGAAACGGGGUUUCCCAGACACUGUAAAUACUGAGCCAAGACAGCCGGAGCUCUGCUCUGUCUUCAAAACCUCCAUGCCUUCAAGGCUCCUCUGUGGUCCAGCCUCGUCCCUGGAGAGGCUCGAGCCACACUGCCCAUUCUCUGCUUCCUGUGUAGCCUCUCUUGUCCCUGGAACUGCAAUGCCACCUGGGGCCGGUCAGUGAGAAGCAGGGAUUCCUGUUGUCCCCACCUGCUCUGGGCCCUGCCCCAGUCCCGUCCAUUCCACGCUGCUAUGUUACAAGCGCUCAGAGAUCGUUUGCAGGGCAGGAAGGGGAAACAAUUUUACAAACAAAAUAUUUACAACAGCAGAAACUCUUAGGGUCAUCUGACCUUUGUAAGUUAUUUAUGUUGGGGUGGGAGGGGGGCUGAGCAGGGGAGUCAGCCGUGUGCAACAUCUUUAUCAUUUGUAUUUUAAUUGCAGAUCACAAGGAUACCAAUACAUUGAAAUCCUAUAUAACAGGUUUAUAUAUAUAGAUAUGUGUAUUUGAAGCCCUCUACAGACUGACUCUGCGUUACUAACUCCUUGUUCGCUGUGUUCCCCAUCUUGGACUAGGCGUAACUGUCAGCCCUCUCCCUGACGCUGGCACACCAGCUCCUCAGAGGAGAGCCUGGAGCCAGGGUUGGGUGUCCCAUACAGUGCCCUCACCUUUGGUCCCUGGAGAAUCAGAAACUCCAACAUUUUGAAACAUUUAAGGGCACAUACCGAAAACAAAAAUAAAAAAUUGUUUAUGAGCAAAAUUGCUCCGUGGUGUAGUUUUUCCUUCAGAUAUGGGCUAAUUUGGACUCUCUGAUGACUGUGCCUCUGGUUGCCUGAGUUCUGGGUCAUCUCACAGCAUCAAGAUGAGGAAUGAAACCAUCUAUCGCCGCUGUACAAACCCAGAGCUUGAAACUUUGACCAGAAAGCUGCAGCGUCAGCAGAGCUCGCCGUGCGACUGGGCUUCUUGGAAAGGAAGCAUCGUUUGUUAAGGCAGAGUCACGACUCCUCGACCCGUCAGAUGAGCCCUGAGCCUCUUGUCUGCCCAGGAAACACAUCCCAGGACAAAGUGAGGCCAGGAUGGAAUGGGGCCCACCAAGGGCAGCAGUCUACAGAGUUUUCCAGAACACGUCAGGCCAUCCCUAACGAUGGCUCGCUGCAGGUAGUCCAGUGAGUGGCAUUUGCAAAGCAGCAGGCUCUUUGGUGACUGGAUGUGGCAAGGCUGUGCUCAGGAGGACCCUCCAGUAUAUGUGGAAGUGAGGUCCUACCUCCCUACCUCACCACAGUCUGACAGUUUUCCAGAAACCUUCAGCAAAUGCUUGUUGGCUUUUGAAACUUACAACAAAGUUUCUGGUAUAUACUUGAGCUCCCACGGGGGUGUAGAGUCCUGCAGCCGUGAUAGCAGUCAGAAUCUAAAGCUUCCACCAUGGGCUGGGGGUUGUGGCUCUGUGGCAGUGCUUGCCUUGCAUUUAUGAGGCCCUGGGUUUGAUCCCUCAUAUCACAAUAAAAAGUAACAAUGAGUUUCCUACCACACACAAAGGCCUCUCCCACUGAUGCUCUUCAGCCCAACCACCUCCGCCAUUAACCGUUGACAGCCGCUGGCCUCCCGUCUGCCCCUGCAGCUGCGCAUUCCCAUCGUGUCAGAAACAGAAUCACACAGUGCGUGCAUCUCAUUCUGAGGCUACCUUUUUCUACUACCCAGGUUGCCAGCUCCUCAAGGUCUUCUCUUUUGUGCCCACUUAAUCCUGCUGGUUUUCUAGGGCACUCUUUACUAGAUGUCAUGUGAGAACAGUUACCACACUGAAGUGUUCCCUGCCAGAUGCCCAGCUCCUUAGUCUAAUCAAUAUCUGUACCCUCUGUUCUCACAA